UGACGGUGAACAACGUGCCACGUGUAAACCAUUAGGGCUUUAUUUGGCUCUUUAAAUUUCAAACCACCCCCAACUUUAUCUCGUUUCUGUCUAGGGUUUUUCUGCAUCGAAUCGCAGCGCAGAGGUAUUUUGGGGGGGCAAAGUUGUGAAGAUGAAGCCAGUAUUCUGUGGUAAUUUCGAGUACGAGACUCGCCAAUCAGACUUGGAGCGAGCGUUCUCCAAGUUCGGGAGGGUGGAUCGUGUCGACAUGAAAUCUGGGUUUGCUUUUGUUUAUUUUGAAGAUGAGCGUGAUGCUGAGGAUGCCAUUCGUGGCCUUGACAAUGCACCAUUUGGAUAUGACAGGCGCAAGCUGUCAGUGGAGUGGGCUAGGGGUGAACGUGGUCGUCAUCGUGAUGGCUCUAAGUCGAUGGCAAACCAGAGACCCACCAAAACCUUGUUUGUUAUAAACUUCGAUCCAAUCCACACAAGGGUCCAUGAUAUAGAGAGACACUUCGAACCUUAUGGAAAGGUUCUCCAUGUCCGAAUUCGAAGGAACUUUGCAUUUGUGCAGUUUGAAACACAGGAGGACGCUACAAAAGCUCUUGAGUGUACACACAUGAGCAAGAUAUUGGACAGAGUGGUUUCUGUUGAAUAUGCUCUAAGGGAUGAUAGUGAGAGGGAAGACAGAUAUGAUAGCCCCAGGGGGGGAGGUGGUUAUGGUAGGCGGGGAGAUAGUCCUUAUAGGCGCUCACCAAGUCCAGUGCAUCGCAGGGGUCGACCAAGCCCCAACUACGGGGGGGUUCGCAGUCCAAUGUAUGACAGGUACAAUGGUCCAUCAUAUGAAAGAAACAGAAGCCCUGAAUAUGGCAGAUAUCGGAGCCGCUCACCUGUGCGAAGGUCAAGAACAUGAGAGAUCAACUGGUUGAAGGAAUGAUGGUGCUCACUUGUCAUGUUAGUUUGUGGUUGUUUGCAACAGCUUUAGGUAUAUCAUGUAGGCUAGUAGCUAGUUAGAGUGUUUGUUUAGUGUGAUGUUUUGUAUUUGAAGUUCAUGGAUUUGGUGGAUGUGGAUCUGCCAUUGUCAUUAGUAAUAGUAGAUACCGUAGUAGACGUUGGAAAUGUUUAUAUUGGAUGAACUGGCAUGAGCAUCUAUCCGCUGUUUAAAUAUAACAAGACUGUUUUGAAGUUCUUUGCAAGUUUGUA